AUGUCACACUCUCCACCACCACCUCCGAUAGAAGGCGAGAUCACUCAGCAUGGGCUCCACCACAUCGUCCAGCAUAACUCGAAUACGUCCUACCCACAAGAGCAGCACUACGAUGAAGGCAUCCACCUCCAAUCGCACUACGGCUCUCCAGCACCUCAACAAGAUGACGGAUAUCGCUAUAGCCAACAGCCAAGAUAUGCGUACCAUCAACACCAAGACUCUGGAUUAGGAAGCCAAUAUGAAACCUACGGGGGCCAAAUGUAUCAGGACCACUACAGCACUCCGGCGACUUCGCCUCCCACACCUUCAAUGAGCGCACGGGAUAUGCGGACAAGAAGUGGGCUUGGAGUUGGUAGGGCACCCCAGAACUUGCAACCAAUGCCCGAAGGACGAUCGCGGAUGGUCAAAUCGCCAAAGCCAAAGAAGACCAAAGCAAUGAAGCCCAAAGCCGAGAAGAAGAUCGCGAAGCUCGAGAAGCCACUGAGCGAACUGACUAAGGACUGGGAGCACCUACCAAUUGUGGACAUUGAGGCAUACGUCAACAGAUCAGCAGAGGACCGAAGAAGAGAGGUAGACACUGGAAAGAUUCCUGGCAAGGUCAAGCGCCCAAUGAACUCCUUCAUGUUGUACAGAAAGGCGUACCAAGGUCGGACAAAGGACUGGUGCCUCCAAAACAACCAUCAGAUCGUCUCUCAGGUGUGCGGUGAUAGUUGGCCACUGGAGCCUGACCACAUCAAGGAGCAGUACAGCGAAUGGGCUAGGAUCGAGCGUGCCAAUCAUCAGAAUGCACACCCCGGAUACAAGUUCUCGCCCACCAAGCCAGGAACUGCGAAGGCAUCGAAGAGAAAGGUCUCCGAGGAGCCUCCUACCGAGGAAUCCGACUUGGAUGAUUUCGAGUGGCAAGGUGGAUCGAAGAGAAAUUCUAAGAAGCAUCGUCCGUCUCCAAGAAUGGCUCCCCACCCAGUCCAAUACCCAACUACCGAAUCGGCGUAUAGGUACUCUUCAAGAGACAACUCGAUGGAGCCACGCCACAACUUCCACCCAUCUUCUUACCAAGCCAACAAUCCUGGAAGACCGCUGCCACCUCAAUACAACCAGUCGAACCUGCGCCAAGGAGAGUACUACCAGCAGAUCAUCCACAACCACCAGAACAUGGUGAACGUCGAAGAUGUCGUCCUGAAGAAGGCGACUACUCCAGGACCACAUUCAUACUUGGGACUUCCAGGUGGCCACGAGUACGAUAUGAUGCACUACCAGCAAUACCAAGGUUCACCAGCCCCAGAGCACAGAAUCGAUCCGUCGUUGGGGCACCAAGACCAUGCAAUCUUCGACAACGCCAGCUUCCACGAGCCCGCUGGUCAGCCAAGCAUGUACUAUACUGCCAGCCAGAACGGUGAUCAUCAAUGGGAUACCCCGUUCGGAGCUCACGAGCAAGACCCUAUGCCAUUCAUCGACCCUGCCCUCAGCUUGGACGGUUCCCAAAUUCACGACCCGCAUGCGCACAUCUUGAAGGGCAACCAGGAGGGAUGGCACGUCGAGACUCUUGACGAGGAAGACCAAUUCAACAAGUGGAUGGACGGCGCUUAA